UCAUCUCAUUUUCUGAUGAAGAAGAAGCCUAACACCUGUUUCUCAGACCCUGAAUUCACAGGACCGACCUUGGGUCUCCCACAGAAGAUCGCAGCUGGGGGAACACACGGACCUGCAUCUUUCUAAGUCCCCUGCCAUCACGUCCGCAGUACCUUCAGGAAAUUGUAAGGAGCUUUUGGCUUCUCUCAUCUGAUUGGUGCUGGCUUCAUUGUCCCUCCCUCCAUCUGUCAAUAAAGUCUCUUCUGGGAGCCAACGGUCUGUCUGACUGCACAGGAAAGCCAGGGGCCUGGGACAGGAAAAGGAUCGUAGGUGGUGGUGUGGGCAGCAUGGAAGGCAACUUCUCCAUCCCUCCAAAUAGAACUGAAGAGAUGCUGUAUGAAUCAACGGGAUAUGCUGUUUUGCGGAUACUCCCCUUGGUGGUACUCACGGUCACCUUUAUCCUCGGUAUGCUGGGCAACGGGCUGGUGAUCUGGGUGGCUGGAUUCCGCAUGGCACACACAGUCACCACCAUCUGUUACCUAAACCUGGCCUUAGCUGACUUCUCCUUCAUUGCCACCCUGCCUUUCCUCAUUGUCUCUAUGGCCAUGGGAGAAAAAUGGCCAUUUGGCUGGUUCCUCUGCAAGUUGAUUCACAUAAUUGUGGACAUCAACCUGUUUGGCAGCGUCUUCCUGAUUGCUCUCAUCGCACUGGACCGCUGCACUUGUGUCCUGCAUCCAGUGUGGGCCCAGAACCACCGUACUGUGAGCCUGGCCAAGAAAGUGAUUGUUGGACCCUGGAUUCUUGCCCUAGUUCUUACCUUGCCAGUGUUUCUUUUCUUGACCACAGUGAGUGAUCCAAAAGGAAAUAUAUACUGUACCUUCUCUUUUGCAUCCUGGGGAGACACUAACGAAGAGAAGCUGAAGGUGGCCCUCGCCAUGCUGACGGCGAGAGGCAUCAUUCGAUUCAUUGUUGGCUUCAGCAUGCCUAUGUCCAUGGUCGCCAUCUGCUAUGGGCUUAUCGCGGCCAAGAUUCGCAGAAAAAGCAUGAUGAAUUCCAGCCGCCCCUUUCGGGUGCUCACUGCUGUGGUUGCUUCCUUUUUCAUCUGUUGGUUCCCCUUCCAACUGGUUGCCCUUUUAAGCACUGUCUGGCUCAAAGAGAUGUUGCUCGAGAACAAGUACAAAAUCAUCGACACCCUCAUCAAUCCAACAAGCUCCCUGGCCUUCUUCAACAGCUGCCUCAACCCAAUGCUCUAUGUUUUUGUGGGGCAAGACUUCCGAGAGAGACUGAUCCACUCCCUGCCCGCCAGUCUGGAGAGGGCCCUGAGCGAGGACUCAGCUCCAGCCGGCGACACAGCACCUCCUGCAGAGGGGGAGCUAACAACCAUGUGAGGAGCUGAGGUUCAUUCCUAGCCUAGCCUGAUCCCACGUCCAACUUUAACUCUCCUUCAGUCUUGUACACAAUUUAGCUCACUUGGUUUUGCUAGAAUGACUGUGAUUGAUUAUUCAAGAAGGAUUCUGUUGUUUCAUUUUCCUCUAAUGUCUUUGUUUAACAUUAAAUUUAUAAUAGUCUUUAGAGAAAUGAGAACUCCCUGGAUCGAUCCUCUGGUGUUGUAUCUUUCUCAAAUGUUUAGCAAAAUGCACUAGUGAAGCCAACAGUAUCUUUUUUUUUUUUGAGAAGACUUCUAAUAAUAGGUUCCAUUUUUUAAUGAAAUAAAGAAGUUUUACCCCCUCUUCAUUUUGGUAAACUAUAAUUUUGAAACAGUAUAGUCAUCUCAUCAAACCUGUCAAAUAUAUUGUAGGAGAAACAUGAUCCUGCACAGAUCAUUUUUUUUUGUGGCUGGCUCUGCUCAACCUGGA